AUGAAAGUCAUUCCCAGAUCCUGUGCAUUGUUGGUCCGUUGGUCGCCAUUGCGAAACCAAAUGGUAUUGGUGUUAGCGCGGAACUGGGGUUGGCUGUGGUUCUUCAGGCAAACUCUUCAUGGCCACUCCAAUCAAUGGAGUCGACCUUCCGGUGGUCCGUCGGACGAUUUGAUUUGCUAUACGUGCCAAGAUUUUGUCCUUAUGUUUCCCCCCAACCCUCUCUUCUUUUGGCAGCUGUUUGAUCACAUCAUCCACUGCAUCUCGGAUUUCCUGGAUGACAUGGGGAGAAAGCAAUGCGUUCUGCCACUGGGCUUCACCUUUUCCUUUCCUUGCGAGCAGCGGGGCCUCGAUCAGGCCAUCCUUUUGAAGUGGGCGAAAGGAUUCAAAGCGACAGGUUGCGAGGGCAAAGACAUUGUCGAUCUCCUCCGAGAAGCCAUCAAGAGGAGAGAGGAAUUUGACGUGGAUGCGGUGGCGAUUGUCAACGACACUGUUGGAACCAUGAUGUCUUGCGGAUAUGAUGACCCUUUCUGCGAGGUCGGCCUCAUUGUGGGGACAGGUUGCAACGCAUGCUACAUGGAAGAGAUGAAGAAUGUGGAGGUGGUCGAAGGCGAGGAAGGGAGGAUGUGCAUUAACACAGAAUGGGGCGCCUUUGGCGAAAACGGCUGCCUGGACGACAUCCGAACCGAAUUCGACCGGGAAGUGGAUCGGCUUUCGAUGAAUCCGGGCAACCUGACGUAAGGAAGUACAGUUCUCAAAUCCCGAGGCAUCGCUUCGGGAAAUGAGCAAAACCCUUUGGAAUUGUAGGAUGAUUUGUCUGUUACCU